GUCCCAACCACAGCGAUUUAGUCGCGCUUUCUGGCCCGUCUUGUGACUACUUGGAAAACGCCAUGCGGAAACGAAAUCGGAAUCAAUUUAGUUGGUCUAUGAAGUUGCCAUGUUCGCAUGUAGAAGAUAUGGUCGGCCACGCCGCUGCAUUUUCUAUAUCUUUGCAUUUGUGAUCUCUCAGUUGGUUUUUAUUCUGAUACUGUUACGCAACGAAAGCUAUGAUGACUUACUGGCAAGUGGGCAGUUACAUCGAAAUAAUGACAGUGGGAAGAACUAUCUGGACUGGAGUGAGUUUAUCUCUCAUCGCCGCAAAGGGUUGGAGGUGUAUUACCAAUACAAUCUUCACCUGAGUGAUACUUUGGGGGUAAUACGUAAACUGCCAUCAACAAGGCAUUGCAGCUGUGAUUCCCGGCCCCGAAACCUGCCACCGCCUUCAAGUUGCAACGUGAGUGUGGUGAUCAGUUUCCACAACGAGGCGCGUUCGAUGCUGCUGCGCACCAUUGUUUCCCUGCUGAGUCGCACCCCCAAAGAGUAUCUGCACGAGCUAAUCAUCGUGGACGACGGCAGUGAGGAUGUGACCCUGCUGGAUGACCUAAGGCGGUGGAUGGACGUCUUUCUGGGGACGAGGGAUCGCCUGGGGCUCAUCUUCCUGGUGAACCAGGAGCGGAUGGGCCUGAUUUGGUCGCGCAACAGGGGCGCCUUGCUGGCCAGCGGACACCAUGUGCUCUUCCUGGACAGCCACUGCGAGGUGAACGAGGGCUGGCUGGAGCCCCUGCUGGAGCGACUGGCGCAGGACCCCAAUCUGGCAGUGAGUCCCAUUCUUGACCCCAUUGACCCCAAGACCCUGAGUUACCGGAGGGGCAAUGAGAUGCUGAAGGGCGGAUUCGACUGGUCCCUGCACUUCCACUGGCUGAGGAGGCGACUGGCCAACCAGGAGCUGCCGGAGAUGCCAUACAAAAGUCCUGCCUUCGCCGGCGGUGUCCUGAUGAUGUCACGCGACUGGUUCCUUAAGCUUGGCGGCUUCAACGCUUAUCUGAAGAUCUGGGGCGGCGAGUCCAUCGAGCUGGCCAUUAAAUUGUGGCUUUGCGGUGGACAAAUUGAGAUCGUGCCCUGCAGUCGAAUCGGACACAUCUUUCGCCGGCGCCAUGCCUUCGACUUUCCCCCGCACCUCGACGACCAUCAGUUGAGCUCCGCCCAGGAAACCUAUCUGCAUAACUCCAAAAUCAUAGCCGAGUCCUGGCUGGACGAGUAUAAAAGUAUGUUCUACGCACUCAGGCCGGCGGCCAGGCGAAUUCCAUUGGCUCACACCUACGACGAGAUGAGGCAGUUGAGGGGCGAGUGGCAGUGCCAUCCAUUCGAAUGGUAUCUGCGGCAUGUGAGUCCCGAACUAAGGAUGCACUUUGACGAGCUGGCUGCCACGGGAACCCUGCGGAAUGAGGAUCGCUGCCUGCAUGCCACACACAAGGACUCAGACUUGAUCCUGGUGAGCUGCCACCUCAGCGACAUAACCCAGUGGAGGAUGCUGCGGAGCAGUGGACAACUGAGCACCCAGCGGGAGCUCUGCCUGGGAGUGGCAAUCGGGAGGCGGAUAGCGCUGGCGCCGUGUGGCAGGAAUGGGACCGCGAGGAUGGCUCAGCAAUGGCUGCGCCGCGGCACUCACCUCCUCCACGCCGAGACGCACCUGUGCCUGGAUAAUCCGCUCAAGGACCGACUGGAGCUAAGCCCCUGCCGCUCGCAAGCCGUAUCGCAGUCGUUUCAAUUUGCAUUGGAAAUGGAGAGCCGAACAUAAACUUGGCUAAUGAUACCCGAUACCAAAUACCAGAUACCAGAUACCCAAUACCCGAUACCCGAAUCUAUGCCGAAACUGAUUCGAUGGAGCUGAGCCUCUUAGCUCCUGCGCUUUGGAGUGGAAUGGGGAUAUGGGGUAAAUCCUUGGCAUGCAGGUAAAUCAAAAUCCUGACAUGUUGUGCUAAUCUCUGUGAAACAUUUCCGCUGCCGGAGCGGCAUGGCCAUAGAUUACAGGCGGCGGCUGAGGGGAAGCAGUAAAUUAUGGCGCCAUAGAUAUACGGAAAGGUGCUCCGCUGCGCCCAACUCCUUGCUCACGACUGCUUUUUUGUGCGCAGCCUUUGUUGCGGAGUCGGACUAUCAAGACUCGCAGCGCUUCCUGUCGCAUCCGUCACACGGGACAGGACACAAUGGGCGGUAGAGGCCGGGGGCGUGGCCAGGAUAAAAGCCAACGACGCCGCGCGUAUUGUGCUGCUUGUUUAGGAGGCCCUGUCAUCAGUCAGCGAACAAAAGCUGCGCUUCCCUUCGGCUGCAAGGAGUCGCAAAUGUAAUUGAGUUGAUGACAAUGCCGCCGACUGCCCGGCUCGCGCUUCCGGCAAUUUUGAUGGCCUCCGGAUGCCGGCGACAAAAAGCGGCGACUCCGGAAACAAGACCAAAUAAAACAGAAACAGCUACAGAAACAGCAACAGCAAUGGCAACAGAAAACAGAAGUUCAUGGUGUGGAUGCCGCUGAUUCUGGUGUUUCCGGGGAGUUGCGAAGUGCAGUUGCAACUUAAGAUUUGUUUUGUUUCACCAUUCUUGCGGUAAUAAAGCGUAAAAGUUAA